CAUUGCGAAAUAAUGUUUAACUUAAAAGAUAGCGCGACAACAGAGCGCAGCUAUACAGUGUCGUUACAAGAUAUAAACUGUUUGACAUAUUUACAGAUUGUAUUGCUUAGUGUCGGAUAUAUUCUUUUUUUUUUUAAAAUAAAAAUGACAGACAGAUCAGGUAAUCCUCCACCAUACUCUGAGCCUAGCAAAGGCUUUUCUGGUCAGUAUGGAGCAGAUUUUGGAGGGGCAUACACAACACAAGGCAAUGCAUAUCCACCACAGGUCGGGGCGUAUCCUCCACAAGGUGCAGCCUAUCAACCACAGCCAGGAUACGGGUAUUCGCAACAUUCGACAACAGCAGUGGUGGUGACUCAGCCAGGUUAUACUGGGCAGGUUGUUGUAAUGCCACGGCCCCCAGAUUACAUGGUCGCCUCUAUUUUUGCUUGUCUUUGCUGUUUCUGGCCAACUGGUCUAUGUGCUAUAUAUUACGCAUCACAGGCAAGCAAAUUGGCGGCUGAGGGUGAUAUGGCUGGUGCAACAAGCAUGUCAAAUAAUGCGAGAAACCUUAUGAUUUCCAGCAUUGUCAUAGGAGUUAUUUGGAUAACCCUUGUUAUUGUUCUUCGAGUGGUUGUUUAUUCAACUACUUAUAACAGUUACAAUUAUUAAAUGCGAGCUGUGAUGGGAGUAUAUAUCAGACAGACAUACUAUAAAGACGGUAUUCUUUCAGCACAAUCAAAUAAUGCAUAUUUAGAUGGACUUUUGAAUUCAUAAAUAAAGACGCGCUACAGCUUGUCAGUUCAUGCCGAUUGUUUCUUGUUUGGUAAUACUGCUGAUUUGAACUUAAUGACGACGGUAUUACCCUAAUCAAUUCGUCCACGUCAAGAAAGGGAAUGCCAUUAAAUGUCUUUGUUUUUUAAUAAGAGAUAAAUGAAUAAACCGGCGUUCAUUAAAUAUUUCAGAAUUUCGUAAUAAAAAGAAAGUUUCAAACCAUAACCUUUGGUACUUUUGUAAUUCACAAAAGUUACUAAUUAGUGUCAAAUAUGUAUAAGUCUUGUCUAAAAAUAUCUUUGGAAAAAGAUUAUCUUUUUAUGUCUUAGUCAAUUUUCAGUUGUCAUAAAACGAAUUCCGACUGAACUCCUUUGUACAUUUUAUAUCCUGAUCAUUUUGUAAAUAUUCUCUCGUUCUGUGCUAGAUUUUUUUAGUUUAGUCCUCAUUCAUCUAAGGAUGUCUUUUAGAUAUGCCCAGUAUAAUUCAUUUAUUGUUUGGAAAUGUAAUACCAUUCAUGUUCUUUGAGAUAAAUCGCCAUGGUUCAAAUUUUACGAAACCACGUGUUUUACAGUGGCAGGCGUUUAAUUUAACUAUGUUACAAUAAAAUAUAACAUAUACGUGGACUUAGGAAAAUAAUUUAUAGUUUCAAAACUAUCCAUGUGAAUAUACAUAAGAAAUUCAAUGAUGGUUAUAGACGUUGACGGCUGCUGUGUAAUAUUCAUUAAAGAAUUUUAUCAACAUUGGUCAUUAUUUUUUCUUAUGUUUGAUUUGUACAUGGUUGUCAACAUUUUUUUUUAAAAAUUUCAUCUAGGUGUAGUUUGUGUUGAUAGCAUCUAUUCCUUAUUUUGCAUAAGUAUUGUUAUGAUAAUCAUACAGAAAGUGAAUAAUAUAUUUGUCUAAAUAGAAUGUAAGAUAAACCAGUCGCCUGUUUUAAUGCCUUUUUACAAUAAAAUGUUUUAGUCAGUAUGGUACAUGUAAUAACAGUAAUGUGUGGGCCAAUAUAAAAUUAUAACACUUUUUCUGCUAUGUUAGGACUCAUUUUGUAUAAAAAUUAGAAACAUGCAAGUAAAACAAUAUAAUAGACUUGAAUCAAUAAAUAUUUUCCCUAAAUUGCCAUAUUACAGUUAAGGCUUCCGAGAAUCAUACUGUUUUGAUGAAAUUUAAAUUUAAAUGCUACAUUCAACGUCUUUUCAUAAAUCAGUACAUUUAGAAAAUUAUCUUCUAAGCUAGUACAUUCCAAUCAAGAUUUUAUGAAUAAAAUGUUAAAAUCGUA